AUCAAAUCAAACGAAGUCCUUUCAUCUAAUAAUGGCUUUUGUGCAGCUAUCUCCAAUCUUCUUGUCUCUCUUAUUUGCCUUGCUUUCACUUUCUGUAGCUGCUCAAACUUCAAGGAAUAUCAUCACUCCAGGUUCAUCCCUAACGGCGGGGAAAGAUAGAUCAUCAUUCUGCACUUCAACAUCUGAUGAAUUUGCAUUUGGGUUCAAACAGAUCGAGGAAGAUGGAUUCCUACUAGCCAUCUGGUUCAACAAAAUACCAGAAACCACAGUUGUUUGGUCAGCCAAUGGACAAAAGCUUGCACCAAAGGGUUCUAAAGUUGAGCUCACCUCAAAUGGUUGGUUCCAUCUUGUUGAUCCCGAAGGUAAGCAAAUUUGGAAUGCCAACCCUUUAGGUAAAAUUGCUUAUGCAGCCAUGCUUGAUUAUGGUAACUUUGUGUUAUUUGGUCAUGACUUUCAAAAAUUGUGGCAGAGCUUUGCUCGACCCACUGACACAAUUUUACCAGGGCAAGUCUUGAAAGAACCUGCUAAACUUGUUUCACGCUAUUUGGAAACCAACUAUUCACCUGGAAGAUUUCAGUUUAAACUACAGACUGAUGGGAAUCUUGUGCUUUACACAACCAAUUUCCCAAAGGAUGAAGUGAAUUCUCCUUAUUGGAGUACUCAAGUUUUAGAUACUGCUCGCUUCUCUUUGAACUUCAACCUAUCAGGCUAUAUAUUUUUAAGUGCAGAUAAUGGAACUAUAAUUAGCAUAAUAUCGUCAAAUGCUCCAUCCACACAAGAUUUCUAUCAAAGAGCUGUUCUUGAUUAUGAUGGAGUCUUUAGGCACUAUAUAUACCCCAAGAGUGAUAGUUCUAGCACUGGAAAAUGGUCAAUUGUGUCUGUCACACCUUUAGAUAUAUGUUUACAAGUUACUGAAAAGACAGGAAGCGGAGCUUGUGGUUGGAACAGUUAUUGUACAGUUAAUGAGGCGAUUAAAAGUUGCCAUUGUCCACGUGGUUAUAGUUUUAUUGAUCCAAGGGAUGUGAUGAAAGGUUGCAAACAGGACUUUGUUUCGCAAAGUUGUGAUCAAACUUCUUUAGAAACAGAUCUGUUUGAUUUCGACGAGAUGCCCAGUACGGAUUGGCCAGAGUCUGAUUAUGAACACUUCCAAUCAGUGACUGAGGAUUGGUGCAGACAAGAGUGUUUAGAAGAUUGCUUUUGUUCCUCUAUUUUCUUCAGAGACGGAGAAUGCUGGAAGAAGAAGAAACCUCUCUCUAAUGGAAGAAAGCAUAAUUCUAUUGGAGGGAAAGCUUUGAUCAAAAUAAGAAAGGAUUAUUCUCCUUUAAGUCCUGAUGAUAUUGAUCAAAAGACUGAUCAAUCAACAUUGAUUAUAAUAGGUUCUACACUUUUAAGCGGUUCAGUUUUCUUGAACUUCUUGUUACUAAUAGCAGCUUGUUUGGUUGCAUAUCGAUUUGGCCAAAAUAAUUCCAAAGUUAAUAAAAAUGUCCAAUUCAUAUCAAAUAUGAAUCUCAGAAGUUUCAGCUACAAGGAGUUGAAGGAAGCAACACAUGGGUUCACAGAAGAACUUGGCCGUGGUGCAUUUUCCAUUGUCUACAAAGGAUUUCUACCUGACAUACCAGGGAAUCUCAUUGCUGUGAAAAAACUACAUAUGUUCAAUGGAAGCGAUAAGGAAUUUGAAGUAGAAGUAAGCGCCAUUGGUCGAACUCAUCACAGGAAUCUGGUGCAACUACUGGGAUUCUGCAAUGAAGGAGAGCACAGGCUACUUGUCUAUGAAUUUAUGAGCAGAGGAACUUUAGCUAAUUUCCUUUUUGAAGAUCAAAGGCCAACUUGGCAUCAAAGAAUGCAAAUUGCAAUAGGAAUAGCUAAAGGACUUCUGUACUUACAUGAAGAGUGCAAUACCCGGAUCAUUCACUGUGAUAUCAAACCUCAAAAUGUCCUGCUUGAUGACUUUUACACAGCUAAAAUUUCAGAUUUUGGGAUAGCAAAGCUAUUGAAGAUUGACCAAUCUGUAACUACUACAGCAAUAAGAGGAACUAAGGGGUAUGUUGCAGCAGAGUGGUUCAAAAACCAGCCAAUUACCUUGAAGGUGGAUGUUUACAGCUUCGGAGUUUUGUUAUUGGAGCUCGUUUGUUGCAGAAAGAACUUUGACAUGAAUGUUGAAGAUGAGUAUAAGAUGGUACUAAUAGAUUGGGCAUAUGAUUGCUUUCACUAUAGGAGAUUGGACCCAUUAGUGGAAGAUGAUGAGGAAGCUCAAAUUGACAUGAAGAGGGUAGAAGAGUAUGUGAAGAUCAGCAUAUGGUGUAUUCAAGAGAAUCCAUCUACAAGACCCACCAUGAAGCAAGUUGUGCAAAUGCUUGAAGGAUUCAUGGAUGUAUCAAAUCCUCCUGACCUGCCAUCCUUUACAAGUGAAUGAUAAGCCUUCCACCAAAUAAAUAUCAUACACUACCCUGAUCCUAAAUAUAAGAUCUAUUUUGCAGUUACACUUCAAACUAGAUUUUACAUUUAGGACCAGAUGUAGUAUUGUUUAGUGUAUCUUAUAAGAAUCCAAGUUUAUUUUGUGGUUCUCGUUUAUUUUAAGAUUUUGUUGUGACUACAUAUAAUCAAACUUGUUCUUCCACAUUACUAGUAGUGGCAGCUGGGGUUGUGACGA